ACCGUAGGCUCAGUACGUGUUCCAUUCUUCUUCAAACAAAUCCAAAGAUAGAUCGAUCUUUUUCUCUUUCGUAUCAUUAGGAAAAUUAGCAAUGGUGGUUACGUAGUUUCUACCAAAAACAGAAAUCGAAAGUAUGUCGCGUACUCUGCAAUUUAGCUACCCCGCAUUUUCUCUUGAAUUCUCGAGAAAGUUGAGGAGAUCCAAAGUUGGGAGUCUUCAGCUUCUCUGCUCUACUGAGCCAUCCAAUGGAGACUCGGAAGAUUCUGGAAAUAGAAGAGGGCAGGUUGAACCAAAUUUGAUAUUAUUGGAAAGACAUGGGAAUGGCACUUCAAAGAGGUAUGUCUUAGACAAUGACUUGCAAGUAAGAACUUUUCUUAAUGAACAUGGGUUCGAAAAAAUAGAAACCAAAGGGUUACAAGGCUCAAAAUUUUCCAAUGUGCAACUGUCUUGGCUGCCAGAUGCUAUCAAAGAUUUUAUCCUACCUACAGGGUUCCCAGGGUCAGUUUCAGAUGAUUACUUGGAAUACAUGUUGUUGCAGUUCCCUACCAAUGUUACUGGAUGGAUCUGUCAUACUUUGGUCACUUCAAGUCUCUUAAAGGCUGUUGGUGUGGGUUCUUUCUCCGGAACUACUGCUGCUGCUUCUGCUGCUGCCAUCAGAUGGGUAUCGAAGGAUGGCAUUGGUGCUGUUGGGCGCUUAUUCAUUGGUGGGCGAUUUGGCAAUCUUUUUGAUGAUGACCCAAAACAAUGGCGCAUGUAUGCAGACUUCAUUGGCAGUGCAGCAAGCAUCUUUGAUCUCAGUACACUGUUUUAUCCUGCCUAUUUCCUGCCACUGGCAUCUCUUGGAAAUCUUACCAAGGCCGUGGGAAGGGGACUAAGAGAUCCAUCACUUCGUGUGAUUCAAAACCAUUUUGCAAUCUCAGGAAAUCUGGGAGAAGUAUCAGCAAAGGAGGAGGUGUGGGAAGUGGCUGCUCAGAUGGUUGGUCUUGCUCUGGGCAUAUUGAUCCUGUCUACACCUGGCCUCUCAACGUCAUAUCUACUGUUAGAAUUGACAUGGAUGACCAUGCGGCUUCUGCACCUUUGGUUUCGUUAUCAAUCUCUUUCAGUUCUUCAGUUUAACACUAUAAAUCUCAAGCGUGCUCGUAUACUGGCAAAAGAGCAUGUCUUACACACCACUGUACCUGGAUGUGUUGAUUGCAAUAAAAUGGAAAAUAUAUUUUUAUGGGAAAGAUUUUUAAAACCGCGGAUCGUCUUUGCGGUGUCCUUGGAAGAGAUGUUUGGUGGAGAGAUAUCUGUUUCCAUGGCAAAGAUGCUUCUGAGACUAUAUGCAAAGGAAAAAUACAUACUCAUGGUGAAUAAACAGCAACAAAUAGAUUUCGAGGUCUUUGUUACUUUCAAGGUGGGAGCUACAAAUCUAUCGGUUUUGCGAAGCAUAUGGCAGACUUACUGGCUCCAUCAGAAUUGGCAUAGCGACACUGAUUUCUGCAAUCAGCUUGAGCACAGCUUAAUGGAAUUGGAAGAUAGGUUUCAGAAUUUCAUGGAACAGUUGGAAGGAGCAGGGUGGGAUACAGAUCAAAUAAGCCUGAAGGUCCCCAAGGAACUUUCCAUCGAAGAAAUUGGUGCCGUCUGAUUGAUGUCUGAUUGAAAUUUGUGGUUGUUAUGAUCUCAUACAGCCUUCUUGUGACUCAAGAAUAGUGUACUAUGAAGCAAAACAAUGCAGUUCACUGGGCAUUAUGGAUGCUUCUGAGAUUGGAAGGUGAGCUGUUCCGUAUGCCAGUGGUCCACACGGGUGGCUGACCAUUGCUGGUGGAGGGAGGUACACUGUUGAAAAGUGGAUUUGAUUAGUCAUUUCAAAGAAACUACAUUUGAAUUGUUGGCUUAACUCUAAUAGAACUUUUUGAAACUACAUUCCAUUAAGCUUCAUGUAUUUUCCACAAAUUUCUAAUAUAACUUCUUCUUUUUUUUUUUUUGAAUUCA